AUGUGUCAUGUCAUUGUCACCUGUCGCUCGAUGCUCUGGACCCUCCUGAGUAUUGUGGUGGCGUUUGCCGAGCUCAUUGCCUUCAUGAGCGCAGACUGGCUGAUUGGAAAAGCCAAGCCCCGCGGCAGCGCCGAGCCCGGCGAGCAGGAAGGAGGCUCCCUGGAGCCCCACCACCCCACGCUGGGCAUCUACGCCCGCUGCAUCCGGAACCCCGGCGUGCAGCACUUUCAGCGGGAGACGCUGUGCGGGCCCUACGCCGAGACCUUCGGAGAGAUCGCCAGCGGCUUCUGGCAGGCCACCGCUAUUUUCUUAGCUGUGGGCAUCUUCAUUCUCUGCAUGGUGGCCCUGGUGUCCGUCUUCACCAUGUGUGUGCAGAGCAUCAUGAAGAAAAGUAUUUUCAACGUCUGCGGGCUGCUGCAAGGAAUUGCAGGCCUCUUCCUUAUCCUGGGUUUGAUACUCUACCCUGCUGGCUGGGGCUGCCAGAAGGCCAUAGGCUACUGCGGACACUACGCAUCGGCCUACAAACCCGGAGACUGCUCGUUGGGCUGGGCCUUCUAUACCGCCAUCGGGGGCACGGUCCUCACUUUCAUCUGUGCCGUCUUUUCCGCACAAGCAGAAAUUGCCACCUCCAGUGACAAAGUACAAGAAGAAAUCGAAGAGGGGAAAAACCUUAUCUGCCUCCUUUAG